GCGAAGUCUGGGCAAGAGAGGUAGCCUUGGGUGUAUCGAUGAUGGAGUGAUGGGAGGAGCUGGAUAUGGGUCUUGGGCGUGUAGACUUUCUCGAGGGGCUUGUGGUCGGAUCGUCGAGAGAGGGUAUCAGCAACGCGGUUGUCGAGGGUAUGGCAAAUGGUGAAUGUGAACUGGGCAAGGAAGUCGAGCCAUCGAGCUGGGCGUGGGGUGAUGUCUUUCUUGGUGAGGAUGGAAGAAACGAUGGUGUUGUCAGUGCGGAUGGUGAAGUAUUGCCCGUCGAGGCACGGGCACCAGACUGUGAGGGCGUGAAUCACAGCGAGGAGUUCCUUCUCGUUGGAGGGAUAAUUCAUCUUCGCGGGAAGGAGCUUCUUGCUUGCGAAGGCGAUGGGGUAUUUGUCGGGUGGAGCCUCGGGUACAGCUCCAAUGGCGAACUCGGAGGCAUCAGUGGUGACAUGGAAAUGGCGAGUGGGGUCGACGAUCUUGAGGACAGGGGCCGUGGUGAUGGUCUGCUUGAGGAAGUCAAAAACGUGUUGGCAGUGAUCGCUCCAAUUGAAGGGCUCGUCCCUGCGUGUGAGUUUGUGGAGGGGGUAAGAGAUCUCGAAAAAGUUGCGAAUGAAUGGGCAGUAAUAGUUGGCAAGGCCGAGGAAGGAACGGAGUUGGAGGAGGGUCUUGGGCGGGGGGUACUCGACGAGGGUUGUGACCUUCGAGGGGUCCAUACGGAUGCCUUCAGCGGAGACAAUGUGGCCAAGGUAUUCGACGCUCGAAGCGGCAAACGUACAUUUGUUGAGCUUGGAGUAGAAUUUUUGCUCUUAAAGGAUCGAGAGGACUUGGCGAAUGUACUGAAGCCGGUGGAGGAGAGGCCGGCUUUGCGAAUACAGGCUUCAAUGAUGAAGUUGUCGGUGGCACCAAUAUCAAGGAGGGCCCGGAACUUCACCGUCCAUGCACCGAGGGGGACGGAGAUAAACUUGAGCUGGAACUAUGCGGUUCCGGCACAAGCAAAAGAGAUCAUGGUGUUGAGGCGGCAUUGUUCCAAGCCUAAUCUAACAAGUCGAUCGUGUCGUGCUUAUUCCUCAACGAGAUCGGAGAAGGUGGUAGAGAAGGGGUUAGGGAUGAGAGUAGAAGAGUGGGUGCGAAUAGGAAGCUCGACCGACGGGAUAGCAAACGUCGUCAGGAGGGGGGCAAACGGAGUAGACUGCGUCGCCUGGGGGUCGUCCGAUGGGAUUGAGAAGGUUGGCCCAUUGGAGGAAGUAGUGACGUGGUCCUCCAGAGGCGCGACAGUUGAUGACUUCGGCCAUCCACCAUUUGGCGGCAUUGCCGAGGAGGCGGGAAGUGACAAUGGGAAGCCAGUGGACAAGGGGCAUGUGGUAGAGCUUGAAAGAGUUCUGGAGCUGGGUAAGGAAGAGGAAAACGUCCUCGUGGGGAAGGCCGGAGAAGGGCAUGAUGUCAGCGGAUCGAAAGGAACGGGGGAUUUCCCCUUUGCGGAAAACGAUCCGGGCGAGGUUUAAGGUUAUCGAGGGUAGUGUCGUAGCAGGUGUAAUCAAAUUGGCUAUUUUCG